AUGCCUAGUUUCCACAGUCUGUGUUACUGCAGAAUGGAAGGUGCCAAGUUUCCACAGUCUGUUACUCCAGUAUGGGAGGUGCCUAGAUUCCACAGUCUGUGUUACUGGAGUAUGGGAGGUAUUUGCCCACCAUCCCUAUGCUAUAUGAGGGAAAAUAAACGUGUCAAGCCCAGAGGAACAGGCGAGAGUGCAUUUUAUAACGGCGACAUCGUCCUCGACAAAGUGGCUGCAGACAUGAUGUAUGGAACUUCCAAAAGACGCCGAAAACGAGCGACUACCCGGAUGAAAGAUCGCUUGUGGAAAGACGGGAUUAUGUAUUAUCAAUUCGCCCCAUCACUUUCCAGGUUAGCCCGGAAAGCUGCAAAAAAAGCUAUGGAACACGUAUCCAACAAGACAUGCAUAGUAUUCAAAAAGAGGCGGAAGAAAAAUCCGGAUUAUGUUCGUUUCAUCAGUGAGCCAGGGUGCUGGUCAAAUGUGGGGCGAGUAGGGGGGAUGCAGAAUCUGAGUCUGGGUAGCGGAUGUGAAAAGAUGGGCACUGCAGUGCAUGAGAUCGGGCAUGCGUUAGGAUUCUGGCACGAGCAGGCACGGUAUGACAGAGACAACUACGUGGAGGUUGCUGUAGAUAACAUAUCACCUCGCUAUGUCGCCGACUUUGAGAAAAUAAAUAAGACAAUAGCAAACUCGAGAGGUUAUUCCUACGACUAUUCCAGCAUCAUGCACUACAGCGAAAGAACAUUCACCAACAAUGGACUCAGGACAAUAAAGGCAGUUUGUCCAAAGAAAUGGGUUCAAAACAAACGGGGUUGCUAUAUGUUUAUGCCACGUCCUAAACUGCAGUAUGCAGCGGCACAGCGAGCCUGCAAAAAGUCUUUCAGUACAUUGGUUCAAAUUAACACAGCGAGUGAAGAUAGAUUCCUAAAAAAGCACCUGAAAAAUAAGUACAAAAACUCGACAGUAUGGCGGACCGGUGCACGCCGGAUAAAUGAUACGUUUGUGUGGGAUAAUGGGGAGGGCCGGAAGUCUAUAGCUAUGAGGUAUACUGCCUGGAAUGGCAGUGUCCCGGAAGGAUUUUCUACCAUGGUUCUGGGACGAAAGAAAUCGUCAAAGGAUUUUACAUGGGAAGGAUCGUGGACUGGAUCGGUUUCUCAGCUUCCGGACCACACGUUUUCUUUUAUCUGUGAAAGGAAAGCAAGAAGAAAGUGCCUACCUCUAGAGUUCAGAGAUGGGCGAGAUUAUCGUGGCAAGCUUGCGCACACGAUGUCAGGAAUAACCUGCCAGAACUGGAACUCGAAAUACCCCCAUCGACACAGUCUUCUCGGUGGUAUCGUGUCAGAAGUGAACCCAGACGGACUAGGGAAUCACAAUUUUUGUAGGAACCCGUUUAGGAUGCGAAGGAAAAGACCGUGGUGUUUUACCACAAAAGAGAAAAUUGAAUGGGAAUAUUGUGACAUAACAGCUUGUAAAGGGUCCUUAAAUACUACUCUGGACGAGAAAGAAAAAGAGGAAACUGGAGAUGAAAAUGCGACAAAUAGUACAAGGAAUUACUAA